AUGCCUCUGAAGAAGAAAACCAACAAGAGAAAGGUGGUAACUACCGAGGCAAACAAAGCGCAGCAGGCCGGCGUCAAGUCCGUCAUAAAGCCGCUGCCGAACAUGCACAAGUUAAAGCUCGUCGACAGAAGCACCAGCUACAACAUAGAGAAGGACGUCGGGGCGGACGGGCGGGCCGACGCGCGUCCGUUCGCGACGCCAGCAGUCGUCAUCCGACAGAUGUGCGGACGAGGGUCGCGUCGAUGUAUCUGGAUCAUUCUCGGAGCGACCACGAUCUUGCUAGCAGGGCUGUGCCUAGGCAUAAUUCUUUUUGCCACACUUCUCCAUCCGUACGACGAGCCGGACUCGCGCGUGACAGUGGCGACCACCACCGACCAGUCUUACGUAUGGGACGUGAAGAAGCUACACGAUAGUAAAGGUCGCUGUGAAAACUUCGUUCAGCCGCUCUGCCUGCACACUAGUCCUGACAACGGGACGUUCGUACCAGAAAGUGCUGAAGCCAACCAUCAGUUGACGGCCAUACCUCUCUACCUCGCCAUGAGCUACCGCACGAUCAGCGGCAUGAGUUGCUACCCAGGGAUUCUGCAUUUCCUCUGCGCAAUGCACGUUCCGAGAUGCGGCCAUAAUGGAAAUCUUUUGCCUCCCUGUCGUAGUUUUUGUAAAGCUGCAUACAGAGGCUGCGAUUUCUUCUUUGUGAUGAUGGAUCUAAGAUGGCCGGGUGACAUAGACUGCGAUGCCCUGCCAGAUUCGACGGAUCCGAGGAUCUGUUGGGCAUAUGACGAUCUCAAAGAUCCAUCUACAGAAUGUAUGAGCGGCUUUCUCUGCGACGACCAUAAAUGUCUGCAGAGGAGUUGGCGAUGCGACGGCAUACAGGACUGUGUGGAUGGAACCGACGAACUAAAUUGCAGUUCUUCCUGUACAGAUAACCAGUGGCGUUGUAGAUCUCAGCAAUGCGUAGAAAAAUCGCAGGUAUGCGAUGGCGCUCCUUCUUGUGCAGACGACAGCGAUGAAACUAAUUGCAUAAAAAUAGACAAGAUAGGAGACGAUGGCGAAGGAGUGCUAAAGGUGUACAGUGGCACGACAUCGCAGUGGCGUGAAGUGUGCGCCGACGGUUGGAUGGAUACGCACAACAUCGUUACCUGCCGACAGCUAGGUUACAGGUCAGCGGGAAGGUUGGAGAGUGUAGUAUCAAAUGGCACCUUAUAUAAAAUGUCGCCGAUAACGAUUAGUUCAUCACGAAUACAGCAGCUCCUCUCCUUACGCGAUUUCAAGUGCAAAAGUGGCCGAGCAGUUUUCGUUCGAUGCUAUUCAUAUGAUCAAGGAAUUUAUUCACAAGCGAUGAAAGAGGUGAUUCUUCCUGUUAUAAACGUAUCUUUAUGCCAGAAGUGGUACGAGACACUGAAAAACAUCACAGUGCUCUCAGAGUUCGAAUUUUGUGCCGGCUACCAAGAGGGCGGAUAUGACGCUUGUCAGGGAGACAGCGGAGGACCCGUGCUGCGUUUGAACGACACGUCGAAUCGAUGGGAGGUGGUCGGUAUCGUUAGCUGGGGGUUGAACUGCGGGGAGCCAUACACGCCUGGCGUGUUCACGAGGGUACCGGUGUUUGUGGACUACAUCAAGAACAUCACUGAGCUUCGGUUCUUUCACAGGGACGAAGGAGAUGGCUGACGUAAGCGACAGCGAGAUGGCGGUCGUGGAGACGUUGCAUUAUAUGCAGCAAAGUAACUAUUGUUACGAACGGAAUAUGUUAUGUGAACGUCUUGGGCGGGGAUACCUCUAAAUCCUUGCUCCUGUUCCUGUUCAUUUUACCUUUUUCUACGCGUUUUAACGCGAACCCGCCUGUGUUAGCGAGCGAGGAAGACUACGCAUGUCAGUUUACCAAGUGCCCGACAAGGACCUAGGACUCGUUGUCAGAAAUAAAAGUAUGCCGAGUAUUAGCAAUAGUAUCUUAACAUGCACUCAUUACUCAAUUAACAGACACUCUUAACUUUCUCGCUCUCGUAGACUGGAACUCUUGUUACACAUUGGCGUAUGAGAAACUCAUAACUUUACUAUGUUCUGUCAACGGACUACGUGGCAAAGGCAACGUUAAGACUACUUUUGUUUCUGACAACGGGCCUCUGGAGUUUAGAUCGCGCCAAAGGCGGUCAUUCGUGUUUCGAUCUCAAGUAUUGCGUUCUUUUCUAUCCACAGUUAUCCAGAUGAUCGUACGUAAUUUUCUCUAUUCAUAGAGGAAAUAGAUUACACGAAAACGGUAACAAGAAAAUUCUUGCCAGUGAAUAUUUAGACAUUGAAUAAGAAUCUUUGUUCACGAAGAAUCCUUCCGUUGUUAAACAAGUUGUAAGUUCUGAUAAACAACGUACUAAAACAAGCCGUACGCCAGGUGACAAAUCACGACUUAUUGUAAAAAUGAUUUUACAUCGCUAACGUUAAAAUACACGAUUAUUUACGGCUCGCGGUCUAUACGCCAUCGGCAGAAUUUUACGUGCACAUAGAAGACAGAAAUAGCUGACAUGUUGUUUAACAAUACACGGUUUGUUGUGUUUUCGAGUUCGCAAACGUAAUGGCGCGGUGCGCCACAGUAGAGAUUAAACGAACACAAAAGGACCAGGUAUACAAGGGUACCAUAGCAAACAUGUAAUAUAGUUACGGUUAGUGUAUACAUAAUUGUUAUGAUUACGUUUAGAGAUAGGCGUAGGAGUAGAUAUCGUUAAAGUUAUAGUCUCCUAACCCUACCCCCUGAUGAAGUCGUCAUGCGUUUGUUUUUAUGUUUGAGAGCAGACGACUCGACACGUCACUCGAGCUAUGCUUACAUGGCGAAUUAUACGCACGUGAAUUACCUAUACAAACCGAGUAGUACAAAUCUAUUGUUUCUGUACUAGUAGUACACACACACACACACACAC